CUGAAUCGCCCACAGAGCGAGACCUUGCUCUAGCACAGUAAAGUCAGUAGUCCUUUUGUGUGCAGCAGUGCCUCCCUUCCCCCCUCUCCAUCUCCCACCCAGACAAAUGUGUGCUCUUUGUAGGAAAGCCUGUAACUGGACGCCAGGUGGUCUGUGAUUGGCUGAGCCCAGGCCCCCCUCUCCCCCGUCGUCUUCUGUUUCUGGUGCAUAUGCAUGAGAUUUAGCAGGCUGCUGUGUGCCUGUGCUGCUGCCCGUUCCAGACAGGAAAAGAGAGCGAGAGGGAGAACCAGGAGCGAGAAGAAGACGAAUAAAGAAAGGAAGAGCGCUAUUGUGGGCUUGUAGCCAUGUCUGUGUUGUGUUUGUCUGCUUGGCUAUGAGAUCAGACGGCCAUGGCCAUGUCAUUGAGCGCUGACGAUGAGGAUUACGAUUCGGACACAGCCGAACAGCAACGGCUACCCAACAAACCCAAACCUAAAAUGGCUACAUCAACAGCCACAACUCCAUCAGCGACCACUUCUUCAUCCACUGCAACGGCAGUCAAGCUGCCAUCCAAUCGAACCUCCUCUGGAGCCCGCCGCAGACGCACCAGAUGCCGGAAGUGUGAGGCAUGUGUGCGGACAGAAUGUGGAGAGUGUCACUUCUGCAAGGAUAUGAAGAAGUUUGGAGGCCCCGGUCGAAUGAAACAGUCUUGCAUCAUGAGGCAAUGCAUAGCGCCUGUGUUACCACACACAGCAGUAUGUGUGGUGUGUGGUGAAGCUGGUAAAGAAGACACUCUUGAUGACGAGGAUGAAAAAUUUAACGCCAUGCUCAUGGAGUGCUCCAUCUGCAAUGAGAUUGUCCACCCAAACUGCCUCAAGGUGAAGGAUGCAGCUGGCGUUGUAAAUGAUGAGCUUCCUAACUGCUGGGAAUGUCCAAAAUGCAAUUACGCUGGGAAAACUGGGAAAGCCUGCAAGCAAAAACGGGGCCCAGGAUUUAAGUACGCAUCCAACUUGCCCGGGUCCCUGCUGAGGGAGCAAAAAGCAGGACGUGAUGGAAGAGAGGAAGGGGACCAGACAUCCACAGGACCGGCAUCCAUCAAGAGGAAGACUGAGAGGGAGGAAACUCCCAGACUGAAGACUGAGGAUCUACCCUCACGCCUUCCCCCAUUGUUGUCCCCAAGUGGCCUGCCAAGACCACGAUCUGAAGUGCCCAACUUCUUGAGGAAGAAAAGGAAGUUAUUUGAUGAUGAUGAAGAGGAAGAGGAGGCUAGUGCUAAAAAGAAGCAGAAGAAACAAUGGAGACCUGAAGAACCUUUGAUUCCCAAACUUUCUCACAUGAAAACAGAAGAGGAGGAAGACAACUCUGAUGAAGAGGAAGAGAGGCAGGAAAAGCGAGAACAACCUCGUCGCUCAAUAAAAAAAGACUAUAGUAUGGUGAGAAAAGAGGAAGAGCAUGAGGAAGACAGACCGGAGGACAGAGAUCCCCCUUUCAGAUCCCUAAAGGAGUUCAACAACAUGAGGAAAGAGGAAGACCAUGAUGAAGAAAAGGAAGAUGAUGAGGAGGAAGAGGAGGAGGACUGUAAUGGGAAACGAGGAAGGGACAGCAGCCCUGCACUAAAGAACCUUUCUCUCUCGCUUGAGAGUGAUGCUUCACGGUGCAGCUCUCCAAGGGCAGGACCGAGCAGUGAAGGAAGUGAGACGCAAGAGAAGGCCCCACGCGCUCGGGCAAGGCGACACCGGCGCAAGCCUCCAAACCGCCAGCUCAGUGCAGAACUCAGCAAGCAGCUCAACAUGGAGAUCCGUCGCACAGAACAUUCACUGGCCAAUGAAAACCAGCAGCCACUAAAGAGUGAACCUGAGGACAGUGAGAACGAGGAACCAAAGAGAGGCUUGCGCAACGGGACUGCAGUGAACGCAGGGGGAGGUGGAGGAGGAGUUGAAAGGGGAGCAGGUGGAGAGGCAGGAGGGGAGCGACCGCACUUACGAGCAAGGGAGAUGAAUGGGACGUCUUGGGAGCUACGGCACUUCUACCCUCCUCAGAUCACCCCACUUGGCUUGAACCGCAGUUCACCUACAGUCAGACCUCUUCCUGCCCGUUCCCCUCCCAAGUGUGUUCAGAUGGAGCGACAUGUGAUCCGGCCCCCUCCAAUCUGCCCUCCACCUGACAGGCUACCACUAGCUGAUGGUCGUAAUCACAUAGCUCCCAGAGAGGCAUGGCUGGCUAUCUUCAGCCACUUGAGCCAUCGUGAACUUUGUGUGUGUAUGCGGGUGUGCCGGACGUGGAAUCGCUGGUGCUGUGACAAGAGAUUAUGGACUCGUAUAGAUCUGAAGCGUUGUAAGUCCAUCACUCCACUCAUGCUGAGUGGGAUAAUUCGCAGGCAGCCCAUCACUCUGGACCUGAGCUGGACCAACAUCUCCAAGAAGCAAUUAAGCUGGCUAAUUAACCGUUUACCAGGACUGAGGGUUCUCCUCCUCUCGGGUUGUUCAUGGGUGGCCGUCUCGGCUCUCUGCACAUCCAGUUGUCCUCUACUUCGUACUCUUGACUUGCAGUGGGUGGAAGGGCUGAAAGAUCCCCAGAUGAGAGACCUGCUAUCCCCUCCAACUGACAACAGACCAGGUCAGAUGGACACCCGCAGUAAACUAAGAAAUGUUACAGACCUGCGUCUCGCUGGUUUGGACAUUACAGACAGCUCUCUACGCCUCAUCAUUAAAAAUAUGCCUCUACUCUCCCGUCUGGACUUGAGUUACUGCAACCAUAUCAAUGACCAGUCGGUAAACCUGCUGACUGCUGCAGGAACCACAACUAGAGACUCCCUUACUGAUGUCAACCUUUCUGUGUGCAACAGAGUCACGGAUCAGUCGCUGAGCUACUUUAAACGCUGCGGAAGCAUCUGCCGCAUUGACAUGCGAUUUAGCAAGCAGGUGAGCCGUCAGGCAUGCGAACGUUUCAUCGCUGAGAUGUCGGUCAUCGUACCCUUCCAACUGCAAGAGGAUAAACUGCUCCAAAAACUUCACAGCACCCCCUAGUGUAUGGGAGGAACUGAAAAAAACAGUCUAAAAUGAUACCAUGUAUCAGGUGCACUCAUGUGUUAGGACUGAAACUGGAUUCGCACAUUAAAAAAAAAAAGCACUGCAACUUGUAUGUGUACAAAGCGUUUUGUGAGCUCCUUUUCAAGACAUACUGUACUUAAAAGGCACAUAAUUGUGAUCCUUUUCUUAAUUGUGUAUUCUGAAGAUGGACUGAACGUUCUGAAAGGUGUAUUUAAAAGGUGGUGUAUUAUUUAAAAAGAAAAAAAAAGUAAGAGCUGAAUGCUUACUGGAUAUCACAAACACUUAAUCCAGGAGGAGGCCGUGAGCAUGAUUGUACAUUGUUCCAAACUCUGUUUUUGUUUUUUACACAACAGAUUUAUCAGUUUGAAUUUGUGUGCUAUAUCUGGUUUAGUCCUGGGUAUAUGUAUUGUUCUUUAUUAUUGUUUUUUCAAAUAUUAUGAUUUUUUAAAAUAUUUCUGACCAUUUUACGUCAUUGGAACGUUCCAAUCUGAUCUUUCAUGGGUUUUGACUGCUUUGAAUUUCAAGUACUUUAUGUUCUAAUCUUAGAGCAGGUAUAGACGUGAAAUGAUUUUUUGAGGUCUAUUUAUAUAAAUAUUUGUAUAUACAAUAAAAAAACAGUGCCAUAUUUCAGCUGUUGUUCUACACAGUUGUAAAAGGCAAGACUUCAGCUAUCAGUAUAUUUCAUAGAGCAGUUCUACGUGUGUCAGACCAAACAAAAUGCUGAAUAUACACUCACCGGUCACUGUCCAACCACUCAUUAAUGUAAAUUUCUAAUCAGCCAAUCACAUGGCAGCAACUCGGCGCAUGUUGACAUAGUCAAGACGAUCUGCUGCAGAUCAAACCGAGCAUCAAAAUGGGGAAGAUUUAAGUGACUUAGAAUGUGGCAUGAUUGUUGAUGCCAGACGGGCUGGUCUGAGUAUUUCAGAAACUGAUGAUCUACUAAGAUUUUCACGCACAACCAUCUAGGGUUUACAGAGAAGAGUCCGCAAUAGAGAAAAUAUCCAGUGAGCGGCAGUUCUGUGGGCGCAAAUGCCUUGUUGAUGCCAGAGGAGAAUGGCCAGACUGGUUCCAGCUGAUAGAAAGGCAACAGUAACUCAAAUUACCACUCGUUACAAUCGAGGUAUGCAGAAGAGCAUCUCUGAACACACAAGAUGUGUAACCUUGAGACAGAUGGGCUACAGCAGCAGAAGACCACACCGGGUGCCACUCCUGUCAGCCAAGAAGAGGAUAUUGAGGCUACAAUUCGCACAGGCUCACCAAAAUUGGACAAAAGAAGAUUGGAAGAAAGUCUCGAUUUCUGCUGCGACAUUCGGAUGGUGGGGUCAGAAUUUUGGCGUCAACAAUUUUGGCGUUAAACCCGGUACUAGUACGCUGUACUUAAUAAAGUGGCCAGUGAGUGUAUACUCCAGCUAGCAGUCAUUUUGUUUUGUUCAACACAAUACAGUAGCUCUGUUUUUUUAUUAUUAUUUGUUUUUUCAGAUUUUGCUAAACGUCCAUGCAGUAUUUGUCUAUGAAUGUCAUUACUUGCUUUUAUUCCUUCCAAAGUGAUUAUUAUUAUUACUGUUAAUGGUAACUGUGAUGAUGACAAAUGAUUUUAAUGGUGUGUAUUAUUAUUGUACGUUUCGUCUCAGGAUGGUGACUUUCAGAAAGAGGGGGAGCCUGCCAUUUGAACUAAACCGCCAUACUUGUACCACUAUAAAUUAAGGCCUCGUUCGCCAUCUAAAACACUCUAAUGUACAUUUGGCUAUUUAUAUUUGUAUGUAAUUAAAAGAAAAGUACUGUGAGA